GGCUUCUAUCUCGCCAAAUCGAUCCCCUCCCAUUCCCCCAACCCCCCGACUCGAGCCCUAGCCAGUAGCGACUGUUGCGCCGCCGCUCGCCGCUCCGUGCGGCUCCACCGCCUGCUGCUCCGCGCCGCUGCUGUAUGCUGCGCGCCGCUGGCUGUUGCCUGCUGCGCCACCUCCUGCUGCUCCGCGCCGCUGCUGCCUGCUGAGCCACCGCCCGACGUUGAGAAGGUCGUAGCUUUGGCGGCAGCUUUGCUACCUCCGGCGCCGGCUAAGGGUGAAUAAUGGCGUCGCGGCAGGCCGCCGGUCUCACCGACUACGAACGCCUCCGCGAGGAGAACAUCCGCCGCAACGAGGCCAUCCUCGCCACCCUCCGCCGCAAGGCCGACGAGCUCUCGGCCGCCAUCAAGUCCUCGUCUAAACGAGGACGAGGACGCCUCAGUAAUCAGCCCCGCAAGAAGCCCGCCGCCAAGACAAGCCCCGGCGAGCUCCGCCGCUCCCUCCGACUCUCCCAACUCCCCCCCUCCCACUCCCCAGACGCCGAGCCCACGCCCGGGCCCCCUCCGGUGCCGCGCAGCACCAGCUUCUCCUCCUUGCUCGCGUCCUCCAUCAUCGAGUCCGCCUCGCUUGCGCCACCUGCCAAGGCUCGGGCGGACGGUUUCGAUGCCGGGAAGGAGCUCGUGCUGACGCCUGCGAACGUUCGGAAGGUGGUGCCCGACAGGAUACUUGGGGUUCGGGUCCUGCCGCUGGUCGACCGGACCGUGGUUGCGGCGGGGAACAAGUUGGGGAAUAUUGGGUUCUGGGUUGUGGACGGCAUGGUGGAAGAUGAGGAUGACGACGGUGCAGAUGGGCUGUUCGAGUAUUUGCCUCACAGGGGCCCUGUGCCAGCAAUCGUGGCGCACCCUGCGGCGCCACAGAAGAUUUACAGCUGUAGUUAUGAGGGUGAAAUUUGUCUUAUGGACCUUGAGAAGGAGAGCUUUAAUAUGAUCCAGUUGUGCGACUAUCCUGUUUAUUCGCUUUGUCAAGCACCAGACAGUCCUAGCUGCCUAUAUUUUGGUGACGGAAAUGGUGAACUGAAACUCCUCGAUGAGCGGAUGGGUAAGGUAUCAAGCACAUGGGAUUCACAUGACAAUACAAUUAACUCAAUAGAUUUUCAUCCAGAGAAAAAACAUAUGCUUGCCACAAGUUCAACGGACCGAACAGCACGCAUAUGGGAUCUCAGAAGGUUUAAAAGGAAGAAAGAAGAGAGCUUGAAGGUUCUAAAACAUAAUAGAUCUGUUCAGUCAGCUUAUUUCUCACCUAGUGGCAGCAUGCUAGCAACAACAAGCCUCGAUGAUACUGUCCGAGUCUUUUGUGGGGAUGACUUUGAUAGGUCACACAUUAUCAAGCAUAAUAACCAGACAGGCAGAUGGAUUUCUACAUUCAAGGCAAUCUGGGGCUGGAACGACACCGACCUGUUUAUUGGAAACAUGAGAAGGGCAAUAGAUAUUAUCUCAGUUGGUGGCGAUGACAGUAGCCUCUCAGCUUCGAACAGCGCAAGCCUGGAGAGUGAACACAUGACGGCCAUUCCGUGCAGGUUUUCUGCGCAUCCAUAUAAAGUUGGGCAUCUUGCUUGCGCAAGCUCCGGUGGUAAGGUGUUCUUUUGGACCAGAGCUUGAAUCAACAAGAUCUCCGGUGGCUGGCUUGCGGAUUGUUACCGCUUCUGUUGGUAGUCAUGCUAGGAACCUAGUGCUUGUUUAGUAUCCAGCUGAAGAUUAGCAUAGUGUACCAUUUUUCUUUCUAAUGUUUUAGUGGUGGAGUAGUUGAUGCUGUCAGAGAAACGCUGGGCAGCUGGGAACCGUUUUUUACUGGCUGAGUGUUUUCGAGUUCGUAUCCUUACAUUGUUUACUGCCAGUUCCUGAUGCAAAUCCUAGCUAGUUAGCGUGAACAUUAAUUGAUGCCGUUUUGGUUGUCAAGUCCA